UACAGCAUUCGGGUCGGUCCGAGAAAAGCAUUGGGAAUUUGGGAGAGAAGAAGAAGAAGAAGAUGGAAGGAAUAACAAUGAAAGACACGGCGGCGGAAGAAAUCACGGCGAGGCUUUCGUCUCUCGAGAACCUCUACUUCCCACGCGCCGUCCAAACUACCGCCGCGUCGUCCGACCAACGCAAAUCCAUCCUCCUCCGUCGUGAUCCCGCCGUUUUUCUCGAACGAUAUGGAUCAGAGCUUAAGGUAGAUGAACUGCUUGAGUUUGAUGAUUUGAAACAUGACUACGAGGUUGAUUGGCACUUGAAAAACCUGCGGAAGAAGAUAAGUCCGACCUCAGAAGAGCUUAAAUCGAGGUCUGUAGCUGUAAGGAAUAGAAGGUUGGCUUACUUGAAUAAACUUGUAUCAGAAGGACAGUAUUUCUCUGAGGAUGCUAUGAGAGAUAGGGAGCCGUAUCUACACCACGAGUACGUCGGGAAAUUUCAGGAUGUGAUGGGAAGGAACAUGGCUAGGCCUGGAGAGCGUUGGUCAGAGACGUUGAUGAGACGGGCAGAGGAAGCUACGUUGGUUACUCGGAUUAGAGAGGAGCAGCAGAGGUUAGGUGUUGCAGAGAGUGAUUGGGUUGGCAAUGAGAAGAUGGAAGAAUCAGAAGAAGAAGAAGAAGAAGAAGAGGAGGAGGAGGAGGAAUCAGAAGAAGAUGAAGAAGCGAAGCAUCCUACAGAAGCUAGCUCAAGACUUGAAGAGGUUACGGAUGGCAAUGGAGCAUUGCAUGAUAGAGAACAUAACAAUAACAAGGCAACAGUCUUACCUCCAGAGGAGAUGCAAGAUAUGAUGGAUCAGUUCACAUCAAUCAUGCAACAGAAGUUCUUAUCGGGAGAAGACCAUCAACAUUUGGAUUACACAAAGAUAGACAAUGACGAGACUCUUGAUGAUCAUUGGCUUCGAGAGAUUGGCCUUGACGCUGAAGAAAAAUACUUUGGUGAAGACUAAUGGACACAGUGAAACAAUAACAUACCUAGUCUAUAAUCGCAUACUACACCGUUCUACCGAAAAAGGCUUAUAAACCCAAUCUUUAUUAUGGCCCAUUACCAUAAAUGAAAUACAGAUAAAAAAUAAUAGAAAAAGAAAACUAUAUCUAUUAUAUCUCUGUUUCUUUGGCUCAACAUGACAAAUGUGAAACUGGGAGAGCAAGUCAGUCCGAUUUGUUGGGGGUAGGAAGGAAAAGGAUGGAUGAUGGAUGGCAAAAGUAGUAAA